AAAUAAUAUUUUAAGUGAUGCAGAUACAGUGGAGAGAGCAACCUUCGCUAGGUAGAGGAAAGACAAAACAGUCUCCUCUGUAAAAGUCUUUUAGCCUUAUCCAAGAAAGCCCCACUUAACUAGAAAUUAGAAAUAAUAAAGAAUGCUUGCUUGACUCGGAUCCCUCUUCUCUUUGUCAGUACAAGUUCUACCCAAGAAACUAACGACUUUUUUGAUCAAGCGAGAGAGGGGAUAUAUAGCUGCUGUUUCUCCAAGCUUUACUUCGCUGGAAGUGGAGAUGAUGAAAGUGUUGAUGGCGGUUUUGUUGAUGUUGCUGCUGGGUGGUUCAUUAUUUGUGGUGGAAGCCAAGUACAUGGUUUAUAACACUUCACAAGGUAUAGUGAAAGAUAAGAUCAAUGUUCACUUGGUGGCUCACACCCAUGAUGAUGUUGGUUGGUUGAAGACUGUUGAUCAGUACUAUGUUGGUUCUAACAAUUCUAUCCAAGGUGCUUGUGUGCAAAAUGUAUUGGAUUCUCUUAUUCCUGCGCUGUUGGCUGACAAGAACCGGAAAUUCAUUUAUGUUGAACAGGCUUUUUUCCAACGGUGGUGGAGAGAUCAGAGCGAGACUAUGCAGCAUGUAGUCAAGCAACUUGUUAGUUCCGGUCAACUUGAAUUCAUAAAUGGGGGGAUGUGCAUGCACGAUGAAGCGGUGACACAUUAUAUUGACAUGAUUGACCAGACAACUCUUGGGCAUCGGUUUAUCAAAAAGGAUUUUGGUGUGACUCCAAGAGUUGGUUGGCAAAUUGAUCCUUUUGGUCAUUCUGCGGUGCAAGCUUACAUGUUGGGAGCGGAAAUUGGAUUCGACUCUCUUUUCUUUGGUCGGAUAGAUUAUCAAGACCGGGCCAAGCGUAAAAAUGAGAAAAGUCUUGAAGUUGUCUGGCAGGCUUCCAAGAGUUUUGGUUCGUCUGCACAGAUUUUUGCUGGUGCUUUCCCGGAAAACUAUGAGCCUCCUCCUGGUGGUUUCUAUUUUGAAGUCAAUGACCCUUCACCUGUUGUUCAAGAUGACAUCAAUUUGUUUGAUUACAAUGUUCAAGAACGAGUCGAUGACUUCGUUGCUGCUGCAGUAUCACAGGCUAAUAUAACACGAACAAAUCAUAUAAUGUGGACCAUGGGAACAGAUUUUAAGUAUCAGUAUGCACAUUCGUGGUUCCGACAGAUGGACAAGCUGAUUCAUUAUGUCAACAUGGAUGGACGUGUUAAUGCUCUCUAUUCUACACCAUCCAUUUACACUGAUGCAAAACAUGCUACAAAUGAGCACUGGCCAGUAAAGACCGGGGACUUUUUCCCGUAUGCAGAUCGUGCAAAUGGUUACUGGACUGGAUACUUUGCAAGUAGACCUGCCUUGAAACGCUAUGUCAGGAUGAUGAGUGGCUACUACUUGGCUGCAAGACAAUUAGAGUUUUACAAUGGGAGGAGCAAUAGAGGACCGAACACAGACUCAUUGGCAGAUUCUCUUGCCAUUGCUCAGCAUCAUGACGCUGUUACUGGUACAGAAAAGCAACAUGUGGCUAAUGAUUAUGCAAAACGAUUGUCAAUUGGCUACACAGAGGCUGAAAAGUUAGUUGCAUCCUCACUUGCUUGCUUGGUGGAGUCUGCAUCACAUACUGGAUGUCAGAGGUCAACUACUAAAUUUCAACAGUGCCCACUUCUGAAUAUUAGUUACUGUCCUGCAUCAGAAGUAGAUCUAUCUCAAGGGAGAAACUUGAUUGUUGUUGUCUACAAUGCACUUGGAUGGGCGAGGGAUGAUGUAAUUCAAUUUCCUGUCCUCAAUGAAAAUGUUAUUGUGCAUGAUUCUGAGAAAAGAGAAAUCGUGUCACAAAUUAUUCCAAUAGCAGAUGCCUUUGUGGGCUUGAGGAACUCACAUGUUAAUGCAUACUUGGGUAGAUCCCCAGUGGAGACGCCUAAGUAUUGGCUUGCGUUUACAGUUUCUGUUCCACCUUUUGGUUUCAGCACUUAUUCCAUCUCAAGUGCCAAAAAGGCAGGUGCUCAUUCGAGUAAAUCAUCUGUAUACACAUUUAGAAGUGAGAAAUCUGCUGUUGAAGUUGGCCAAGGAAAUUUGAAGCUUACAUUUUCUGCAGAUAAAAUCAAGCAUGCUAAUUAUGUUAACAGCAGAAGCUCAGUUAAGGAAUCAGUUGAACAGACAUUCAGUUUUUAUGCUGGAUACAAUGGAACUGGAAAUGCUAAAGAUCCACAGAAUUCUGGGGCAUAUAUCUUCCGUCCAAAUGGAACAUUUCCUAUAAACCCUGAAUCCCAGGUUCCUUUGACUGUUAUGCGUGGACCUGUUUUAGAUGAAGUACAUCAACAGGUCAGCCAAUGGAUAUAUCAGAUCACCAGAUUAUACAAGGGGAGAGAGCAUGUUGAAGUUGAGUUUAUCGUUGGGCCCAUACCCAUUGAAGAUGGAAUUGGAAAAGAAGUUGCAACUCAAAUCACAACAACCAUGGAAACCAAUAAAACAUUUUACACAGAUUCUAAUGGACGUGAUUUUAUCAAAAGGAUUCGUGAUUAUAGAACAGAUUGGGACCUGGAAGUGAAUCAACCAUUUGCUGGAAAUUAUUACCCAAUUAAUCUUGGAAUUUAUUUCCAAGAUGACAAGAAGGAAUUUUCAGUUCUGGUGGAUCGAGCACUUGGAGGAUCUAGUCUGGUGGAUGGACAAAUAGAGCUGAUGCUCCAUAGGAGACUGCUACUGGAUGAUUCCAGGGGUGUUGCGGAGGCUCUUAAUGAAACAGUAUGUGUCCUUGAUCAAUGCAAGGGAUUGACGAUUCAAGGAAAAUAUUAUUACAGAAUUGACCCUAUAGGAGAAGGUGCUAAAUGGCGUCGCUCAUUCGGCCAGGAGAUAUAUUCACCCCUCCUCCUUGCGUUUUCUGAAGAGGAUGGAGAUAAUUGGAUGAAUUCUCAUGUGACCACAUUUUCUGGCUUUGAUUCUUCCUACAUUUUACCUGAUAACGUGGCAGUUUUAACUCUCCAGGAGCUUGAUGAUGGAAAAGUUCUCCUCCGUUUAGCUCAUUUAUAUGAGAUUGGAGAGGACAAGGAUCUUUCAGUGAUGACAAGAGUAGAACUUAGAAAGUUGUUCCCGAAAAAGAAGAUCGGCAAAGCUGCAGAAAUGAGCUUAUCUGCCAAUCAAGAAAGGGCUGAAAUGGAGAAAAAGAGGCUUGUGUGGAAAGCAGAAGGAUCAUCAAGAAAACAAGCAGUGCUGAGGGGUGGACCUGUUGAUCCUGCAAAGCUGGUGGUGGAACUUGCUCCGAUGGAAAUCCGCACAUUUGUUAUUGACUUCGAUCACCGGUUCCACCAUGUUUUUGCUGCAUAAAUGCUCCACACAUAAUAAAUCCUCCUUUGCUAAUUGAAGUCGAUUUUCGAGGUCUGAGAUGGGUGCUCCUUCUUUCACCCCAAGCGUUUUGCUCUCAAUAAUUGCUCACUUGUAUGUGCUAUCCAUGGUAGUUUAGGUCACUCUCUGCUUCUUAACAUGGAAUCAUGAAAUCAUGCAGUCCAGGAAACAGAGUUGUCAGAAAUAAUGCUGUUUCUUCCCUGUGCACUUCCAACCUCCAAGAAUUUAAAUUAUGAACCCCUUUGGUAUCA